AUGGAAUUCGGCUUGCGAUGCAACGUGUUGAAGUGUCGCAAAGAGGUCGGCGACCAUGCUAUGGUUACAACAUGCAGCCAUGUCUUCUGCAUUGACUGCGCCAAUCGCAGUGGGCUUGCCAGUGUACGAGAUGGCCAACGUCCUAUCUGUCCAGCCUGUGACGUUCAACUCUCGAACCCUGACGAUGCCGUUGUUGCGAACCUCAACCCCACGGAAGACUACAAGACCAGUGUCCUUAGUGGACUGAGUCCAAACGUGAUCAUGGAAUGUGCUGGUAGAGCUCUAAACUUCUGGGCAUACCAAACCACACAAGAGAUUGUGUAUCAAGAAUACCUGGCCAAGAACUUAACAGACAAGUACACCACUCUCAACACUCAGGUUGACAAGAUCGUGCACGAUGCAAACGGCGAGAUUUCAAACUUGCGAAACAGGAUAUCGAGCUUACAGGUUGUUCAAGACACCCUACGACGAAAGAACGAAGAGGUAAUGCAAGCUUUGCGCGAGAAGAAUCGGAAACAUCUGCAAACACAAGAGCUCUACGACAAGCUGAAGCGUAGAGCUAUGCUUGGCCACGUUCAAGAUGCCGCCCACGAUGCAGUUGAUCAUACCAUUCUAGCGUCAGCUGCUGCCAACCAUUUCGUUGACAAAGCGGACAACCAUAAUACUCGCCCGCCCCCACCCCCACCACUAUUCUCAGGCCAGCAGAGUAACGGUAUGCAAAGAUCUGGUUCUGUUGGGGGGCCCGGCGCGAUGAAUGCGGUACCCCACCACACUCGGGCUGGAAGAGAUACUGGAUGGGCUGGCUUCAGUAGCCAAGGAAACAGUACACAGAACCGACCAAUGCAAACGCCUUCAUCCCACCGGCAGCAAAUGGCAUCUUUUCCUAUAGGACGACCAAACAAUGGUGUGUCCGGAAACUCACAGCCACGGCUCUCCCCUCGACAACCACUAGGUAACUUGAACGGCAACACAUCCGGCUUCACUGGCUAUGGAAUGAGCGCUGGUCUCAAAGUCAGUAAUCCAACGGGAGGUCUAGCAGGCGUGAUGGGCCGGCCUGUGAUAGGGUCUAGAGUUGCACAUAGAACCGGCUCCGCAUUUUCUAACCACCAGAACUCCGCGUACGGACCGUCUUCUACAAACAUGUUCUCCAAUGGGGGCAAUUUGUAUUGA